AUGGUAUCGGCGGUCUUUGAGGACUUGCGGAACCGAUGGACUAAGGAACAGAUCCGGAAAGAGGUUGACGAUGAUGUCACCUGUCUUGCCGCCGAUACUGAUUGCACCUGGGCUGAAAUCACCGUCAUGGUGCCAGGAGAAGCAGAUGUCGAGUGCGCUCGUGUGGCAAAACGUACCGGCUGUGCAGUGUUGACAGACGAUUCGGAUCUUCUGCUUCACGAUCUUGGCGAGGAUGGCGCGGUCUUGUUUUUAGAGUCGGUGCAAACAUCCUCGGGAGUCUGGAAUCCGGCCGAUCCAGAUAUUCGGGGGCUGAGAAUCUGUCCCUAUUCGCUCUCUGGCCGAUUGGGGAUCCCUAGUGUUCAGUGGUUUGCUUUUGAAUUGCAAAAAAAUCAUCACUUGCGUUUUGCUGAACUUACCCGGAUAGCCCAGGAGAGUAGUAAAGCGACUGAGCUCUCCUCGGAGUAUCUGGAGUUUCUUCGAGAGUAUCAAAAUGAGACUGCAGAUAACGAGGUGAUACGGGGAGCAGGGCAGUCCGCACAACCCUUGGAUCCUAGGGUAUCGGAGUUAUAUUGGCAAUAUGAACUUCCUGGCAUCUACUGCUUAGGUGACCAGCCGCAUGUCUAUCUCGGGAUUCUGAACGAAGAUUCUUCGAGGCGAUGUGCCUGGGAACAAGGUCGAACAUAUAGGUCCCUAGGGUACUCAUUUUUCAACAAUUCCCGUCCUACUACCAAUCGCUUCGCGGUUGUACAUGAAUUUGUCCGCAGAGGUGGAAGGAUCGUGGCCGAGGAGAUCACUUUAAGCGGAACAAAGACCGUGACUUCUGACCUGGAUCUCCUCCGGGGACGCCUUGCCCAUGCACAUGCUACCUUUGACGAAGGUCUGGCACCGGAGAGCUUUUGGUUUUUGUAUGCUCUUUCCGAUAUCUACCGCGAUGGAUCCGGCACAACCACAGUUCCAAGUGCGAAGGAACUGGAGAGCUUUCUUACGAAUGGAUACAUGGUGCAAAGUACCAAGUGGGCAGACAUUCACCUUCUCGCUCAAAUACAAGCUGCACUGUACUCUUUACGAAUGCUGAAGCAGCUUUUCCACAUCGCAGCUCCUGAUGAUGACUUGGUUGAAUCCAGCUCAUUACUCGCGGAUUUACCUCCACUGCACAUCAUGAUGUCGCGACAGAAAAUGAUCCAAAGCUUUGCCAACACUCGUCUUGUUCGGCUUGCGGUUCGUCAAGUGAUAGAAACAUAUGGUUAA